GCUAUAGUAAGCUUCUCACAAAGUUGAUGUAAAGCGAGAAGUGAACAAACAUAAACGCGACAUUGUCCGAAGUAUUGUCGGCAGAAAAGAUGUCAGAUAUGUCUCUUUUAAAUGGAAAAUGGAAACUGGUAGCCGUUGAUAAUGCGGUAGAAUAUUAUAAGGCGAUCGGUACUGCAGCCGAACACAUCGCGCAGGCCGAGCGUCUGCUCACCCCCGAAAACAACAUCGUCCAAGAGAUCGAGAUUGUGGGAAACAAUGUCACCCUCAAGUUAUCCGUGCCCGGCAAGGUGCUCGAGGUCAGGGCGGUCAUCGGCGAGACCACAACGGUCCCCUUCCUGGACGGGCGCAUUCUUAAGACCGUUUACGAGUUGGACGGCAACAAAUUGCUCGAGAAACAGAGCGGAGGUUUUGUCUCAAACAAUACCCGAUAUCUUGAGGGCAACCACCUGAUUUACGAACAGGUUGCGGAGACUGGAGUUUCCUCUACAAGGAAGUACAUCAAGUUGUAAUUACACGACGAUAAUAGACGAGGGGCUGUACUUCAUCUAAUUUCUUAGGGAAACUGAAAGAACAUUUGUCAUAAUCACAAAUUGUCAUGCCCCUUGUCUGUCUAACGUAGCAAUAUUUCUAAAAUUAAAUACUUUUGUUUUUAAAAUGUUCUAAAACAUGUCUUCAAUAUUAAACAAGUGUGUCGAUAUAUAUCAUAUACAAAUCUAUAAUGUUAGCUUCAUGUAAAUUAUCUGAUCUCAUAUGCUCAUCUAAGGUUUUAAAAAGUAUGUUUUUGAAAAGUUUUACUGUAUUUUUCACCAUAAUAUUUAUUUUUUAGCUUUAUUUCACAUACUAGUUACAAGAAGGCUAAAGGCCUUGGUAGCUCACCUGAGACCCGAAGGAACUGAAAUGUUUUUAUCACCCUUUGUAAUGUUUAAAAAACCAUUUCAGAACUUGGCAAAUAUAUCAUUCUAACAUAUGAAAGUAAAUUUCAUGAUGAUUGCCCAAAAAUGUGACCACUUGAGUAUAAGCAGAUGAAACGUCAAUUUGACCAAAAAAGUGACCUAGUUUUUGAUACCGUGUGACCCACUUAAGAAAUUCUCCAAGACAUCAUUGGGACAAAUGUUCAUACAAUUGAUAUUAAGAUUUGUGAUUUGUUAACACGUGAUACACAAUUAAAUUUCUUUUAAGACUUUCUUGCAAAAUCUUGCAAAAGCACAUAUAUAGCAUUUGCUUCUUGUUAAAACUACCAUUUUAAAACAUACUUAUUGUUUUUGCUUGUGAAAGAGAAAUAAACAAGAGAUUUGCGUUUGGAGACAUAUGUCCCCUAAA